GAAGAAAAUCCACAAUAAAAGAAAUAUGACGUCUUACAACCUUCAAGAAACCAAAGAAAAUUUCAUUUAAACUCCAUCAAAAAUUUGAGCACGCAUAAUUUUUGUGUUAUGUUUGACUUAACAAGUCGAAUAUAAUUGAUUUAUUAGCAGAUUAAGGAGCCCUUUCAAAAACGAAAAGUUAGAAUACUGGCGUUUUCGUUGUAUUUUCUGGCAUUGUAGUUCCAAUUUCUGGCUUUUCUGGCAUUUUCUGAUCGCCUAUUGACCAGUUUUCGUACCAAUAAAAACAGCUAGAAAGAGACUAAAAUCUUCUUAAGCUGAAAAUAGUAAAGUCACAAUUCUUCGUGUCAUUUUUUCACAAAGUAUUAAUUCGUCUUUUUGAACAUAUUAUUUACCAAAUUAUAGAAAAUUUCGUAUUUGGUUGUUAUUCUUCGUGUUCUUUUCACCCGAGAUUAUUUUUAAGUCGGUCGGACAAAACAGAAACGGAUUGUUUUUGUCCUUUCCAGAUUCGACCACACACGUGUAAACGAACAGCAGACAGGAAAGUAGAUUAAAUAAACUUUACCUUUACAAAAUCAUAAUCUUAAUUUGAGAUCGGGUGAAGUUGCCAAAAUAAACAAAUUGGCGCUCUGAUCUCAUUUUCAGACUAAUUUACCAAAUUUCGGUCAGUAACUCCUUUUAUAACUUGGUUAUAACUAAUACUUCCCCUCAUUGACAAAUCAUUUAAUCAAAGCCACCUGAACAUACUACUCUUAUUUUGCUGAUAGAAAUCUGUCAAAAUAUACCAAUUUUCAACAAACAUUGAUUUUCUAGUAAUCUUGUUUAUUUCCCAAACGAGCCAAAACAGCCUAAUUUACGUUUAAUAUCCGCUCGAUCUACAAAAACUAUCCUAAUUAAAUUCAAAUUCCGACUUUUAUUAUGCAAAAAAGUUGAAAUUCAAAAACCGUAAAUAAAAUCCACAAUGAAAUCGUCAAAAAUUCGUAAUUUAUCGAAGCAUUACUUAAUUUAUGUUUUACAAUUUCUUACGCUACCGUAUGUAUCGAACCAAAACCCCAUCUUACAAGAUCAAAAGGCAAUUAUUUCCAGAAAUGUCGCAUCAAUUCUGUUUGGCAAUGGUUCUGAAACGCAAUUUGAUUCCGAACUUUUACCUCAAUUCGUUCAUCGAAAUAACUCACUUAUGACAAGAGUUAUGAAUGAUGCAGAUGAUGAAAUUAAUACUAAAAUUUUUAAUGAUUCGUCAAACUUACAAGACCAAGGUUACGUGUUAGCCCCGGGCGCAGCACUUAACGACCAUCAAAAGACAGACAGAACCGACCAAUCAGAGCUCCAUGCUAGCCCGGUAGGCAUUUCUUCCCUGGGAGGCGAUGAUGCCAUGUUGACAUUCCCAGAAUUCCUCCAAUUUCAACAAAACACGGACGACAAAAAGACGCAGAAUAAAAACAAUAAUAACAACAAUGAAGAGGAGCAGCUGGAAAAUAUACUCGACUUCCCAGAAAGUAAAGUAGAAAAUUCGAACUGGAACACCCAUCGUUCAAAUUACGACUACGGCAGACAUGCUCAAUUUGCACCCAGUUACAGCCCUCUUGCGGCCCAAUUGCUGAAUGAGAUCAGACAGGAAGUGAAACAACUGUCGGAACAGAGAGCUGCUUACGUCAUCCAGUCACAAUGUGGCAACGUGUGUGAGUAUUACCCCACCCAGGGCCUGCCUGGGUUCCUGCUGGACACCAGAAUGGACCCCUUCCCCCUCUCCCACGGAUUCAAUCUCAGACUGAGAGACCAGAUGAUUGCCAACCCCUGGACCCAAAUUAAACUCAACAACUUCUACAUCCCCUCUGGCACUGGAAGCUUCAUCCGUGGCUUCCGCCUGUCCAACCUGCUCUCCAGUGACGUCACAGUGCCCCUCAGCGGAGUCUACUCUCUCUCCCUCUCCCUCCAUUUCAGACUGUCAGUGGCCGACCUAGAACACAUUCGGCUAAAACACAACGUGGUCGUGUCUAUCCUCGCAACAGACUACGUGUAUACAGAGAGAAAACCCAGUUCGCAGUACUUGUCGACCAUUCCACAAGCGAAGCAGUUCACAGUACAUUUCUCCACAACACUUUACCUGCAGGCCGGCACUCCUCUCACAGUGGAAGUUGAAAACGCAUCCAAGGUCAAGGUCAUCAUCAAAGAAGAGAGUGAAUUCUCAGCACAUCUCAUUGGGGCGUAAUCUCUCUUUGUUAUAACCAGCAGAGUUAUAAAUCUUAACUUGAAUCCACACAAUCCCAAUCUCAAGUUUCGGGGAAAAAGUGUAAUCUUUAUUGUUGAUUUUGGAUUUAUGGGAUGUUUUCGUAGCUUAUGUUUAGAUAAAUCACCUACAAGUGAAGUUUCAUUCAUCUUUUCAGAUCUUAUUGCAUAUUUAUUGUGGUUCGUUGUUCAUCAAAUUUUAUUAUUGCUUCAAUUGUCUGUUUUGAUUUGGCCUAAAUCCCAUUUAGGACCAACCAGAUUUGACUUCUUAAUGUAAACAUAGAGCUACGGCCGUUAGUGUAAUUUUCUUAUGCGAUGUCCAGUGAUCGACACCAAAUUUAAUCAAUUGACACCCUUUUAGUCAUAGCUUGAUAGAUCCAAAGCUUAUGCUUUU